CAAACACGGCCGAAAGCUCUAAGAAAAUCCGCCAAACGUACAGUUGACUAUUUCAGUCCGUCGUCUACCUCUAUAGUCUCUGGAUGCUUCGCCUACGCAAGCGUAUGCGUACGACGCAUUCUCCCUCUUUUAAAUGCCCAGCUUCUGUAACAUUCCAGCUUCGCAGUUAAUUUAUUCGCUUUACCCGGGAGAAGGUCGGUAUCCGGUCAAUCGCACUCGUUCUCUCAAGCAAUUUACCAGAGUUGAGGUUAUGGAUCAGCUACAUCGGGCAAUUGACCUUUCUGUUACAUGGAGAGGCAAGAAGUUUUUUCCGAAAAUGGAUCCUAGGACUACAUUUAAAGCAUUGGGUGAUGAACUUCUGAAGCUCACCAAUGUUGAAGAUGAUACCAUGCGGCUAAUUGUGCCCACAAAUAAAAGCUCAAAGCUGAUUUAUCCCUUUUCUGAGGAGCACUCUUAUUUGAAAUUGGAUGAGGCAUCUAUUAUUGAGGGGAAAUCUCUUAGGAUGUUGGGAGUUCCCAAAGAUGAGGUGGAUGAAGUCAUAAAAAGAGCAAAUGAAGACCUCAGAAUUGUUGGUUUUGAAGAAGAAGAACAGAGACUGAGGCAGAGAUCAGCUUAUAGGGUUCAGACCUCACUUAAAGUUCCACAGGGGCAUUAUAUCUUCUGUGAUUUUAGAACAUUACAUCUUCCUGGAGUUGAGUUGAAUCCUCCACCUUCUGAAGCUUUAAAACUGAUGCAUAAGCUUUCUGCAGAUCCAGGAAUUGUCGCAAUUAUGAAUAAGCAUCGCUGGCGUGUUGGAAUCAUGACAGAGAUGGCUCCUAUUGGAUAUGUUGGAGUGAGCCCAAAAUGUAUCCUUGGUUUUAACAAGAGUCAAGGAGAAGAGAUAUCAUUACGUCUCCGCACGGAUAACCUUAGGGGUUUCAGGAAAUACCACAUCAUCAAGAAGACUCUCUUACAUGAACUUGCACACAUGGUGCACUCUGAGCAUGAUGCGAACUUUUACGCUUUGGAUAAGCAGCUCAAUGAAGAAGCUGCCAUCCUAGAUUGGACUAAAUCAAGAAGCCACACCCUAAGCGGUUUGCAACAUGCGCAAAGCUAUGAAGAUGAUAUGUUUGAUAUUCCCAUUCCUUCAGCACAAAAACUUGGCGGGAAAUCAUUGUCUUCUGAUGCUCGUGUGUCUUCAGUUACUGCUGCCGUUCAACGUUUUGCCGCCAACCAGACUAGGGAGAUUGAGGGAUCCAAUCACAUGGAUGUUGAACAAGAAAAUGAACCGGCCAUAUCAACCAUAGAUCAUGUGCCGGAAUAUACUCGGGUUCUCCCUCACUUGGAAGAUAUGGAACAUGAAGAAACUGAACGUGAUGAUGAUUCUGAAAGAGUUAUAAUCAAUACGGAUGGUGUUGAAGCAAUGCAUGAGAAUCAAGUCUGUGAUGUAUCUGAUCCAGAUAGAUCUCAGGAGAAAAGUGUCAGGCUGACAGAACAAGAUCUUGAUGACAAACGUGCCAUGUUAAGAACAGUUCCAUCCAAUCACAUUGAUGAACCUGACCCAGAUGACCCGGAAUUGCUGAGGAUACGAGACCCUGUUGACAUGGUUUGCAGCAAUUUGCGUAGAGCAGUUGAACAACUGAAAGCUCAAGCUAGUCCAGUGGAUGCUGCUUGUAUACUACAAACUCUGAUCAAGAUUAUCAAGAAUAUGAUUGAAUACCCGUAUGAAGUAAAAUUUAAAAAGCUAAGGAAGGCUAAUCCUAUAAUUAAGAGAGAUCUGUUAAAUUACAAAGCUGCAAUGGACAUCCUAGUGUUGAUUGGAUUCAAAGAAGAUGUUUUGACGGAUGAAAUGGGAAGAAGGGAGGAUUGCUUGUUCUUGAAAAGAGACGAUCCUGGCCUCCUGUGGCUUGCAAAGUCGUCUCUUGAGGCAUACAUAGCUUAGCGGGCGGCACUGAUGCAUGUGUACUCUUGCUUGAUAUGUGCCACUACGAUUUGUGCUAUAGCUGUAUUUAUUUAUGCAAAUGUUUGUAAAUGUUAUAAUAAGUGUACAUUUGUAUCACAAUCGUUUUUUUAAAGAUAAAAAUAACAUAUUAUCUCAGUCUAAAUAAAAGUGCUCUAUUUCAUUUACGCCUUACGCCUUGGCCCUUGACGGAAUCACCUGAAUGGUCG